AUGGAGAAAAUCAACUUUGUCAAAAAUGGCGAAUUGAAAAUGCCACCAGGUUUUCGUUUUCAUCCCACCGAUGAAGAACUUGUUCUGUCGUAUUUGAAACGGAAGGUGUUCUCUCUCCCUUUGCCUGCUGCAAUCAUCCCAGAAGCUGAUCUUUGCAAGUCUGACCCAUGGGAUUUACCUGGUGAUUUGGAACAAGAAAGGUACUUUUUCAGUAACAAAGAAGCCAAAUAUCCGAAUGGGAACCGAUCUAACAGAGCUACAAAUUCUGGCUACUGGAAGGCUACUGGUUUGGACAAACAGAUUAUUAGCUGGUCGAAAUCUGAGAUUGUUGGGAUGAAGAAGACUCUUGUUUUUUACUGUGGUAAACCACCUCACGGUUCCAGAACUGAUUGGAUUAUGCAUGAGUAUCGUCUCGCUACUUCUCACUCUAACCCUCUGAAUGAAAACUGGGUUCUGUGCCGUAUAUUUCUCAAGAAAAGAGCUGCUACUAAAAACGGAAGAGAAACUGUCACAGUGAAACCAGAGAUCAUGGUCAACAACAACCUUGGAAAGGUGAAUAACUCAGAUUCAAAGGUUGUUGUUUUCUAUGAUUUCUUGGCACAGAGCAACAGCAACAAAAACACUGUUGCAUCUUCAAACUCACCAGCUACAAGUGGAAUCACAGAUGAACGGAAUGACCAUGAAAAUGAAGAAAGCAGUAGCUCUUAA